AUGCCCGAUCCCGAUUAUCCUUGGAUGGCAAGAUAUCGAGCGGUGUAUUUAACCCCCGACGGAACCAAGUUGUCGGAUGUUGCUGUAACCGACUUUGACUGGCUUGAAGAGUAUCUUGAGGCUCCCCUGAGUGAUUGGGAUUUUGAGAAAUACGGCCCUUGGCAUAAUAAGGCACAGGAUAAUGAGGCUUUCUUGUUCCAUGAGUCUUGUUGGUCGGCCUUGGUUAAGCACUUUGCAAACGAGGAGGUCGAUUUGAAUAGGCUUUUCGAAGUCUGCAAGAAUAUCCCUGGCUCAGCAAGAGCUGUCGAAGAUCUAAAUCCCACGAUGGGAAAGGAAGAUCUAUGA